AUGGAGCUGACGAAGAUUUUUUAUAUCUGGAUAGUAAUAUCGUUCAUUGUGUUACAAAGUGUUAUGGUUGGCACGGAGCAAUCUGGCUUUGAGUUGCCAGUUCAGCUUGUGGGAUUCCCCUUCAUAAUAAUGGCAGUCAGGAUAACUAAUUUCAUCAAGAAAUUGUCGUAUGCGCUUAGUCCAGUGGUAACAAUGCAGCUGGUAAAGAGUUUCGUAUUUGUGUUUCUAUUUUUCGUUUAUGUUUUUGGACAACAAACAAAUUUUGAACUGCCAGUGCAAUUAGUCGGUUUUCCAUUCAUAGUUGGAAGUGUUAGGUUGACUAAUUUCUUAAAGAAAUUGUCAUAUUCUCUGAGCCCUGCCACAUACCGGUCUCGUACUCGUCGUGAGCUUACUUUUCCAAUCGAGGUUCCUGAAUUCGAUGCGCAAGAGGUUGAAAAGUAUAUAACAGGAGAAUUCGGCGCACGCGCAUGCGUGUUCGAAAGGGUUUGUGCGCAGUUUGCAACACGAGCCCGAGCGCAGCCUAAGCCGCAGAUGGACUGGUCACAAGUGUUUAGCCAGUACAAGAGUUCACCUGACCAAUCUAAGGAGUUAUAUCUACUGAGUGUAUUUCUUGGCGACAUAGUGGGUUCACCUCAGUUGUGUCAUCAAUUGGGCAAAAGGCGCGGAUGCGAUGAAAAUUUGCUCGGAAACAUUGCAAUU